UUUCAGGAGGUUGAAAUGAGCCACGGAAACUCAACAGUACCAGCUGAAUUCAUUCUAACGGGAAUCACAUACAGGCCUGAGCUCCAUCUUCUGCUUUUGUGGGUCUUCUUAGUCAUCUAUGGAGUUGCCAUAAUAGGCAACCUGAGCAUGAUCAUUUUGACCAAGUUGGACUCUCGCCUUCACACACCUAUGUAUUAUUUUAUCAGACACCUGGCUUUCAUUGAUCUUGGCAAUUGCACUGUCAUUUACCCCAAAAUGAUGGUGAAUUUUGUGGUGGAACAAAAUGUUAUCUCUUACUAUGCUUGUGCCGUGCAGAUGGCAUUCUACAUUGCUUUCAUUAUCAGUGAACUGUUUAUAUUGUCUGCAAUGGCCUAUGAUCGCUAUGUGGCCAUCUGCAAUCCUCUACUCUAUAGUGUGAUCAUGUCUCAGAGACGCUGUCAUGUUCUGGUGGGCAUUCCCUAUCUCUACAGUGUCUUCCAAGCUGUGAUGAUAACUAGUAAGAUUUUUACAUUGACUUUCUGUGGCUCUAAUGUCAUUAGCCAUUUCUACUGUGACAAUGUCCCCAUGUUACUUUUACUGUGUUCAAACACAAGGGAUAUAGAAUUGUUGAUCAUAUUAUUUUCAGCACUUAAUUUGAUCUCCUCCCUCUUUGUAGUAUUAGUAUCUUACCUUCUUAUUCUACUGGCCAUAUAUAGAAUGCAUUCUGAAGAAGGAAGGAAAAAGGCCUUCUCAACAUGUGGUUCUCAUCUGACUGUGGUGGUAGUAUUUUAUGGGACUCUACUCUUCAUGUACUUACAGCCUAAAUCCACACACUCAUUUGAAACUGAUAAAAUAGCCUCUGUGUUUUAUACUUUAGUGAUUCCCAUGCUUAAUCCCUUGAUCUACAGCUUUAGAAACAAAGAAGUGAAAAGUGCUGUUCUAAGAGUCUUUAAGUAUCGAUGUAAAAGUUGUACUUAA